GAGGGCUGGGGAGGUGGCAAGUGGGGGCUGCCAAGGCGCAGGGAGACCAAGGAUGGUUUUGAAUCCACGCAGGGCAGGGCUGCUGCCUAUGCGCUGGGGUGGCAUCCAGGGCAGAGGCUCUGGCUGGAACUGUGCUCGGGGCUACGUCUGCCUGCUGGGACCUGGGGCCUGAGAAAUGCCAGCUUUCCAUCCCCACCUGUCCCCGAGAAGGACGCCUGAGGAGACCUGGGGCCUCCGGAGAGAGGUUGAUUGACUUAUGUGCAACCUGGAACACUGGAGUGUGCUUUCCCUCCACAGCCUGGAGCCGAGCCUCCUCCGGUGUUGCAAGGCAGGGGCUGAAUGAGGCAGAGGAGCUGAGCUCUGCCUGGGAGGCCCACUUAGAGCCACUCAAGGCACCAAGACCCCAAGGGCUGGGGAGCAGGGAGCGGGGCCUGGUGCUGAGGAUGGCCAGGCAGCAGCCGCCGCCCUGGGUCCACGCAGCCUUCCUCCUCUUCUUCCUCAGUCUGGGCGGAGCCAUCGAGAUUCCUAUGGACCCAAGCAUUCAGAAUGAGCUGACCCAGCCCCCAACCAUCACCAAGCAGUCAGUGAAAGACCACAUCGUGGACCCCCGUGAUAACAUCCUGAUUGAGUGUGAAGCAAAGGGGAACCCUGCCCCCAGCUUCCACUGGACUCGAAACAGCAGAUUCUUCAACAUCGCCAAGGACCCUCGGGUGUCCAUGAGGAGGAGGUCUGGGACCCUGGUGAUCGACUUCCGCAGUGGUGGGCGGCCUGAGGAGUACGAGGGGGAAUACCAGUGCUUCGCCCGCAACAAAUUUGGCACGGCCUUGUCCAACAGGAUCCGUCUGCAAGUGUCCAAAUCUCCCCUGUGGCCCAAGGAAAACCUGGACCCCGUUGUGGUCCAAGAAGGCGCCCCGCUGACGCUGCAGUGCAACCCCCCACCCGGCCUGCCGUCCCCAGUCAUCUUCUGGAUGAGCAGCUCCAUGGAGCCCAUCACCCAGGACAAACGCGUCUCCCAGGGCCACAACGGGGAUCUGUAUUUCUCUAACGUGAUGCUGCAGGACAUGCAGACUGACUACAGCUGCAAUGCCCGCUUCCACUUCACCCACACCAUCCAGCAGAAGAAUCCCUUCACCCUCAAGGUCCUCACCAACCACCCCUAUAAUGACUCGUCCUUAAGAAACCACCCUGACAUGUACAGUGCCCGAGGAGUUGCAGAGAGAACACCCAGCUUCAUGUAUCCCCAGGGUACCUCGAGCAGUCAGAUGGUGCUCCGCGGCAUGGACCUCCUGCUAGAGUGCAUCGCUUCUGGGGUCCCAACACCAGACAUCGCGUGGUACAAGAAAGGUGGGGACCUCCCAUCUGACAAGGCCAAGUUUGAGAACUUUAACAAGGCUCUGCGUAUCACCAAUGUGUCCGAGGAAGACUCUGGGGAGUAUUUCUGCCUGGCCUCCAACAAGAUGGGCAGCAUCCGGCACACGAUCUCGGUGAGAGUGAAGGCUGCUCCCUACUGGCUGGAUGAACCCAAGAACCUGAUCCUGGCUCCUGGUGAGGAUGGGAGGCUGGUGUGUCGAGCCAAUGGGAACCCCAAGCCCACUGUCCAGUGGAUGGUGAACGGGGAACCUUUGCAAUCGGCACCACCCAACCCAAACCGAGAAGUGGCAGGUGACACCAUCAUCUUCCGAGACACCCAGAUCAGCAGCAGGGCCGUGUACCAGUGCAACACCUCCAACGAGCACGGCUACCUCCUGGCCAACGCCUUCGUCAGUGUGCUGGAUGUCCCACCUCGGAUGCUGUCACCCCGGAACCAGUUCAUUAGAGUUAUUCUUUACAACCGGACACGGCUGGACUGCCCGUUCUUUGGGUCUCCCAUUCCCACACUGCGAUGGUUUAAGAAUGGGCAAGGAAGCAACCUGGAUGGUGGCAAUUACCAUGUCUAUGAGAAUGGCAGUCUGGAAAUUAAGAUGAUCCGCAAAGAGGACCAAGGCAUCUACACCUGUGUGGCCACCAACAUCCUGGGCAAAGCGGAAAACCAAGUCCGCCUGGAGGUCAAAGAUCCCACCAGGAUCUACCGGAUGCCCGAGGACCAGGUUGUCAAGAGGGGCACCACAGUACAGCUGGAGUGUCGCGUGAAGCACGACCCCUCCCUGAAGCUCACCGUCUCCUGGCUGAAGGAUGAUGAGCCGCUCUAUAUUGGAAACAGGAUGAAGAAGGAAGACGACUCGCUGACCAUCUUCGGCGUGGCAGAGCGGGACCAGGGCAGUUACACGUGCGUCGCCAGCACGGAGCUGGACCAAGAUCUGGCCAAGGCCUACCUCACCGUGCUGGCUGAUCAGGCCACUCCAACUAACCGUUUGGCUGCCCUGCCCAAAGGACGGCCAGACCGACCCCGGGACCUGGAGCUUACUGACCUGGCCGAGAGGAGUGUGAGGCUGACCUGGAUCCCGGGGGAUGAUAACAACAGCCCCAUCACAGACUAUGUCGUCCAGUUUGAAGAGGACCAGUUCCAACCAGGGGUCUGGCAUGACCAUUCCAAGUUCCCAGGCAGUGUCAACUCAGCUAUCCUCCAACUGUCCCCAUAUGUCAACUACCAGUUCCGGGUCAUUGCUGUGAACGAGGUCGGGAGCAGCCACCCCAGCCUCCCAUCCGAGCGCUACCGAACCAGUGGAGCACCUCCUGAGUCCAACCCCAGUGAUGUAAAGGGAGAAGGAACCAGAAAGAACAAUAUGGAAAUCACGUGGACACCCAUGAAUGCCACCUCUGCCUUUGGCCCCAACCUGCGCUACAUUGUCAAGUGGCGGCGGAGAGAGACUCGAGAGACCUGGAACAACGUCACAGUGUGGGGCUCUCGCUAUGUGGUGGGGCAGACCCCUGUCUAUGUGCCCUAUGAGAUCCGGGUCCAGGCUGAAAAUGACUUUGGGAAGGCCCCCGAGCCCGACACUGUCAUCGGGUACUCCGGAGAAGAUUAUCCCAGGGCUGCACCCACCGAAGUUAAAAUCCGAGUCCUGAACAGCACAGCCAUCAGCCUUCAGUGGAACCGCGUCUACUCCGACACGGUCCAGGGCCAGCUCAGGGAGUACAGAGCCUACUACUGGAGGGAGAGCAGCUUGCUGAAGAACCUGUGGGUAUCCCAGAAGAGACAGCAGGCCAGCUUCCCUGGAGACCGCCCCCGGGGUGUGGUGUCCCGCCUCUUCCCCUACAGUAACUACAAGCUGGAGAUGGUUGUGGUCAAUGGGAGAGGCGACGGGCCCCGCAGCGAAACCAAGGAGUUUACUACCCCGGAAGGAGUACCCAGUGCCCCCAGGCGUUUCCGAGUCCGGCAGCCCAACCUGGAGACAAUCAACCUGGAGUGGGAUCAUCCGGAACACCCCAAUGGGAUCCUGAUUGGAUACACCCUCAAAUACGUGGCCUUUAAUGGAACUAAAGUAGGAAAGCAGAUGGUGGAAAACUUCUCUCCCAAUCAGACCAAGUUCUCCAUGCAGAGAGCAGACCCUGUGUCACGCUACCGCUUUACCCUCAGCGCCAGGACGCAGGUGGGCUCUGGGGAAGCAGUCACAGAGGAGUCUCCAGCGCCCCCGAAUGAAGCCACUCCAACUGCAGCUCCUCCCACGUUGCCCCCAACUACUGAGGGCGCCACAGGCGCUGUGAGCAGUACUGAUGCUACUGCCCUUGCCGCUGCCACCGAAGCCACAACAGUCCCCAUCAUCCCAACUGUGGCGCCUACCACCAUCGCCACCACCACCACCACCACCGUCGCCACAACCACUGCCGCCACCACCACGGAGAGUCCUCCCACCACCACCACCACCACCGGGACUAAGAUACAGGAAUCCGCCCCCGAUGAGCAGUCCAUAUGGAACGUCACGGUGCUCCCCAACAGUAAAUGGGCCAACAUCACCUGGAAGCACAAUUUCGGGCCCGGAACUGACUUUGUGGUUGAGUACAUCGACAGCAACCAUACGAAAAAAACUGUCCCUGUUAAGGCCCAGGCCCAGCCUAUACAGCUGACAGACCUCUAUCCUGGGAUGACGUACACAUUGAGGGUUUAUUCCCGGGACAACGAGGGCAUCAGCAGUACCGUCAUCACCUUUAUGACCAGUACAGCUUACACCAACAACCAGGCCGACAUCGCCACCCAGGGCUGGUUCAUUGGGCUCAUGUGCGCCAUCGCCCUCCUGGUGCUGAUCCUGCUCAUCGUCUGCUUCAUCAAGAGGAGUCGAGGUGGCAAGUACCCAGUGCGAGAAAAGAAGGACGUUCCCCUUGGCCCUGAAGACCCCAAAGAAGAGGAUGGCUCCUUUGACUACAGUGAUGAGGACAACAAGCCCCUGCAGGGCAGCCAGACGUCUCUGGACGGAACCAUCAAGCAGCAGGAAAGUGACGACAGCCUGGUGGACUAUGGGGAAGGCGGCGAAGGGCAGUUCAAUGAAGAUGGCUCCUUCAUUGGCCAGUACACGGUCAAAAAGGACAAGGAGGAAACAGAGGGCAACGAGAGCUCAGAGGCCACAUCACCCGUCAAUGCCAUCUAUUCUCUGGCCUAACGGAGCCCACCCGGGCACAGCCACUACUUUAUAAGUGGGAGGAGGGGAGAGGGGGAGACGAAGCCACUGCAGACCGACCACAAAGCCUCCACCACCUUCAGGGACAAGGGUACAAAAUGGGGGUCUGCCAAGCUGUGAGGAUCAGUGGCCACCCAGCUACCCACAAGCCCCCUCCCAAUGACCCCCCACAAUCCCUGGGUGCCACCAGUGUGGGAGAGCUAGAGCCGUGACUAAGCUCACCUGAGGGAACCCUGGUCCCUUGCCCCAUCUCGCAGCCACCCUGAGCAUCCAUCCCACUGCCCGCCUUGGCCUCGGCCCACACCCUUGCCCGGUCCUGUCGGUUACCGUACUUUCAUUGACAUUAUUUUUGCUUUGUGCAUCUUCCAAACCUCCAGACCCAAUGUCUCCAUUUUCUUUUGAAGAUGUGUUCCUGGAAAAAGAAAGAAUAGGUGGAUUCUCCCCCCAGGAAACCACAAAGAGACGGAAAGGACGGAUCCCUUACAGAACGUAGAGAAGAGCCGUAGUAUUCAAACCGCCGCUGGGCCAGCACGUUUCCGGAGGAUGCCUUUCUUUGCCAUAUUGUCCCCCACCCUUGCUCCCAACCCAUCUGCCUCUGUCUUGUCAGUUGUUGAGCUGGGCUUGGCUCCUUCCUGGAAAAUGACAGUAUUUUUUGGCAGGGAGAGGGUGGGCAGUCGCCUCGCCCCUCUCUGGUUCAGUUAGGAGGUGAGUUUACCUCUGACUCCUCGUUCUUACCCUGCCCCUGCCUCCAGAGUGUCCAAGAAUGAGCUGCACUGACUUUGAAGGAGAAGCUGGAGGCACAGGAGUGGGCACUGAUGGUACGAACUUCAAUUGCAAUGACUGGACCUCAGCAGAAGAAAGUCAGGGGUCUGGUCUCUUGGGAACUGUGAGCACCUCUGGAGAGAAGCAAAGGGCUGGGUUUGGACUCCUUCCUUCCCAUCAGUGAAUACAGGGAUGUAGGAGAGAGGACCACACCCACCAUGUCCAGAGCAGAGGGCACCCGCCCACCUGGCCAGGGUCUACGCUGCUACCCUCAAGGAGAAGGAACCCUGCAAUGCAGAAGCCUUGCUGGUGUGUUCGGGGGUGUAAAGCACCACCCUCUUCCUCCUCUAGCAGGUGUCGGUCGUCUCCUUGGUCAAUUCUGUAUGCUGUUGAGACUCGUAUUUGACGUGAUGUGUGGGUGGAGACCUGCUACCCCGAGACUGAGCCUGUCUGUCCUUUCAUUAGGGUAUAUAUACAUAUCAGGGGACCCUGUGGUGGCGCCGUGCUAAUAGUGCUGUGAUGCCCCCACCCAGAGAGGACUCAGUGCUCUUCGUAUGCCUUAUGCAGUUCUGAUCUGUCCCUGGAGUUCCCAGGUUCCCAGCCCCUCCCUGCAAGCCUUGAAGCCUCCAGUGACGUCUGACUCGGAAUCAGGGCAGCCUAUGCAAGUGUCCCUGCAGGACCACAAGCAGCCAGUCCAUACACACCCUUACCCCGUUGCCCACAUGGAGACUCGCAGACCUGCAAUUCUCAGACCGAAGGUGCUGCCUUCACCCUCCCCACCUAAUUCAUUUUUGAAACCAAAGGUACCUAGCCUCAGUGAUGCAGAGAGAGGGAGAUCUUGAGCCUGCGUGUGCCCCUGUCACUGUUUCUGUAGCUCAAGUCGGUUUCAGGAGGGUGAGGCUGAGCCCCAGGAAUAGAUCACCUGCUACUGACGCAGCCUCCAGUUUGAGCCUCCAGCUGCCAUCCGGGGGCCUGGAAAGGACCAGGGCCGUGUCCUUCGGAGACUUUAUUAAAGCAUCAUUUGCCACAUGUUUAAGCCACAGAGGUAUUAGCAAUGCUUACAUCACUUAAUAAUCAUUCAGCUGAAGGUCAAGCUCAUAGGCAUACACGCACUCUGUCUGCAGAUAAGAAACCAUAGCCCAGAGCUGAGCCAAUAAUGUUGUUUGAACUAGAGAGUAAUGGCCCUUUGGCCCAAGCUGCCUCCAGGUCUGCUGCCCAGAGGCCUGAGAGGCAGCUCUCUCAUGGUGAAAGGGGACAGGGUAAAGAGAAGGGGACUGGGGAUGAGCUCAGGGUCCUGUCCCCUGGCUCUCUUCCAACUCCUGCUUGGAUGCAACUGGGCAGUCCUGCAGUCUAGACCCACUGUCCCUGAAGGGAAGUGUCAGGGACAUGUACCUGUGAGCUGAAUCAAAUGACCAGCCUUUCCAGAAUAUGCUUUGGACCUGAGCAGAACAGUCAGUUUCUCAGGCCCUCACUUCACCCUGCUUUGUCCAUGCUAGUGAGCCCAUUCCCAGAGAGAAGGCCCUAGGGAGCAAGAGGCUGUUCGAUAUCACAGAGCCACCUCCUCACCUCUGGAAAGUCUGUUGCACAAACCAAUGGCUUUGAGGGGCUUUCUCUAUCUGAAGGGUCUUGGGGAGAGGUCAGCUCAGGUCAUCUUUGCACCUUCUUCCAGUGUCCCACCGUGCUCUGUACCAUCAUCCUCUGUACUAUCGUCCUUUGCUGUUAGUGCCUCUCUCGGGCUGUUGUUUUGUGAGUGCUGACAGCUGCCCCCCUACACCACCACCACCACAAGACCAUAGCAGGAGCAUUUGGGACUGAAGAACCGCUUUCCCCAAGCAAAGAUGAUGGGUGCUCAGAGAGCUCAAGACUGGAGGUGUGUGGGUGGCAGGGCUAAGGAGGCAUUCCUUAGAGGAAGAGGAGAGGCCAUUUUCUGUAGCACCCAUGCCGGUCCACCCAGCUCAACAGGAAAGCAGUAUUGCCCAGCACUCCCUGCUAGCUGGGCCUCUCGAGCAACUGCCCAAAACAUCCUCACAACAACACCAGGAGCGCGCCCUACCAUUGGUGCUUCAGCCUCUCCGGGUGGGGCAGGUGGUCAUCUUGCAGUGGCUCUAAAAGUUCCAUCGACUAGAACUGCCAUCCGCCAAUGUGCUCAGCCACAGUGCUGUAGCUGCCUGAGCGCUCGUCUGCCCUCGUGUCCAUUCAUCAAAUACUCUUUGAAGAUCCAGUCGGGCCAAUGCUUGAGCCUUGAGUACCAGGUGAAGCAGGUCAGGAGUGGUCUCAGCCCUCGCAGGACUGACAUGACUGGAACCGUCUUGAGACAGGAGCCACUGAGUCGGGAGCAAUCUGCCUUUCAUUGCUCAAGCCUCUGAUGGCUCCAGAGUAGAAGGGAGAAGUUUCCAGGUCUUAGUCCAGCUGGUUAGAAAGACCAUGCAGGACAGGGCAGUCAAGACCCGCUGGGUGGGGCAGAGGAUCAGUCCUGCUUCUGGACCCUCUUUGCUCUGCCCCUUGGGGCAAGUUGCUUAACCUGUCUACUCCUGUGCCUGUGCCCUCAUUCGGUCCCUCCUUUUAAUACCUCUCUGAACAGACAACAGGGUCCACCUGAAGAAACACGGAGGUCAUGGUAGCUGCCUCCUGCCCUGCCUUGUUAUGGUGAAUAGGGCACAUAUUUCCCAGUCUUGCUUUUGAAGAGAUGGCUGAGUUGACGCUAAGAGGAAAGCCAGACUCACCCCUCCCUGUCCCUGCUCUGUCACCCUGCGAGGUCGGAGACAUCUGGUCUACCCGCUUGCUGGCAAGUCCUGAGGUCUGGAAGUGAUAAGAGUGAGCCAGUGCCAGCAUCGCUCAUCCUACAAGGUGUGCCUGCACCGUGGGCCCAGAUGGUGUGCUCCUGGUUUCCCUGACCACAGUUAGUGUUGGGAAGGGAGUGCAAGCAGAUCUGCAAGGGUUUGUGGGGUUUCUAGCUAAGAGACAGCUCCCUGCUACUGAGCACCCAUAUGUGCUCACAUCCAUACAGCAGAACUGUCACAGAGCAUUGCCUCCAGCAGGACGCAAUCCAGGUCAUUGUCCUGGAGAGAGUCAGUCCCUGCCCCGCUCCUGUGAGAUGAGCUUCAAAGGGCUGCGUGUAGGCAUGGUGCGCAGCCUGGGGGAGGGGAGAGGCCCUAUUUGGGUGACUGCUAUGGGCAGGACCUAGAGACAGAGUGAUCCAAAAGAGAGGAAAACAUUCCCCAGGAGCUGCAGCCUUCAGGGCACGUCCUGGAGGCCAGCCAAGUCUUAGGGCAUUGCCCUCAGCCUUUGAUGGAAGGAGCAGGAAUUCAAUGCAUUUUUGUCUCAGCUUUUGUGAGGUUGAUACUCUGAAAGGGAGAAAUUUCUCAGGCUUCCAUGGGCUGAGGCGGGGGCCAGGACUGGGGCCAGGGACACUUCUCAGUGGGAGGGCAGCAGCUUCCUGCCUGGUAGGUCAGCCAAGAGCUUGCUUCCCACUCGUAACUUUGGGUGGGGUCCCAAGGCACCAGUCCAACCAGCCUCUGCCAAACCUAAGCCCAUGGCUGUGGUCGGGUCCACCCAGUCAGGCCCACAGAGUGACUUCUUUCUAGUGAAAUGAAGGAUUCUGCCUGAACUAUGUGUGACGGAGUAGCAUGUGGGAAGUCACUGAUUAAAAGCAGAAGACUCAGACCAAUAAAGCAAAGAGCUUGAAGUGUAAAUGGGAGACAUAGGCAAGUUGGCCAAAGCCAGGCCUGGCCAGGCCCCUCCCUUAAUAGACAAGGUCACCCUGCAUGAGCUCCAUUGGACCUGGUGGCACAGUCCAAGCCCAAGGAAGUACACUGUCUUUUGGUCCUUUUCUAGGAAGGGUCCUUCCUGGGACACCUUCAGGGGAGGGGCCAAGGGGAAGGAGGAUGACCACCCAGAGAAAGCUGUUAGACCCACACAACAUCACCUAAGCCGCCCCGGGAGGCAGGGCUCCUCUUAGGAGUACCUUAGUAUUAAAUGGAUGCUCAUGGCGAUAAGGGUGGAAAUGAAACAGAUACCAAGGCGUCUGGCUCAGGAUAGUCAGAUUUCAGCCUGUGGAGGAAUCUCAGAGCUGAUCUAAUUGAAAUGACUCAUUGGGCAGACAAAGAAAUGAGGACGCAGCCAGGCAGGCACAGGGCUUGCUCAACACCACAGAGCUGGGACAUUUAGGUAGGAUUAGGACUUGAACUUGGGCCUUCUGGCUCCUUGUCCAGUGUUCUCACCACAACUGCCUCCUUGAAAGCAGAGGUAUUACUGCAGAUCUGCCCGGCUGGUUCACCCUGCCAUACCUCUACCACCUGCACAUCCCCCCAAGACCUCCCCAAAUGAAAGACAAAAAGGAUUUUUCUGAGUUCACCAUCAGCCUGUCUGUGCAGUUAACCCAGCCCUGCAGUGACAGGCGGCCCUGGCUACUAGACUGGAAUGACCGGCUGAUCCAUGUCUGUUACUGUGAAACUAGACUGUACCCCCCCAGCAUGGCAACUCUCGCUCCGUCACGUAUUGGACCCUCAGCACACUGUAUUCCCCAGAAGUGAGGGUGCAGAGGGGUCUCUGUCCUUUUCUUGACUGCAGGAUGCUGAGGGGGCAGCAGCUCUGGCAAGCCUGCCACCUGGGAUUUGCUGGGCUGGAGUUCAGCCGCUGUAAAGACUUCAGAGAAGCAAUAAACACAAAAGUCUGGGAAGAGAUAUCCAGAAUUUUGUGUAUUACUCGGUUUGUUUUUUGAAAAAUGAUGCAGAUCAGAUGACCCUGGCCUGCUCUUUUUUUUUCUGAUUCUCAAAUGCAAUGUCCUCAGUCAGUGUUGUCCCUCUGCCCGGCUCCCCAGCUCUUUGCCAACUUCUUCUCACUCCUCUUGAGCUGAGCAUUAGUCGCCUGUGACAUGGCCACCUUCUGUCCUGGUCCCACCCCCAGCCCAUGCCGGACCCCAGAAGACCUGGGCCCUGCGCCCCACACACCAUGCCCGUGUGUUCUUUUGGUGGGGAAAUUCUUCCCGCGUUUCCAUCCCUUCCCAUGUCCCCACAUGCCCGCCCAUCGAUCUGAUCUUGGUUAAACAUGUAACUCUCCACAGUAGGCCUUGUUUUAACCCCUCUCACAUCGUGUUCUUUCCUUUUCGUGAGUUGAUUUUUGCAUUAACCAACGUUGUCGGCGACAGAUGCGUAUCUGAGGGCGUCACCGCGACCUUCAGAAGGGAAGAUUUUUCUGGGCUGUGGAGAUCUUCUAAUACAUGGACUUAUAAACUGACUGCAUGAACAAUGAAAAGGCCAAAUUAUUCGGAAUUUUUUUUGAAUCACUGUAAAAAAAAAAAGACUGAUUUCUUUUGUAUAGAGAACACUAAACGUAUAAUAAAAGUUGUUCAAAAUGGA